UUUAAUACUAACUACCUCUAAUUUUAAAGUAACAUAGUUAAUAUAUUGUGACAUGGGUUGCCCUUGUUCUAAGUUUUCAUCAGAGGAUGAAGAUGGCGAAGAAGUUAUUGAGGUAAGUAAAUUAGCUGAGGAUGAUGUGACGGAAUUGAAUGUUUUGGCAGAUGAAGGAAUUCGUGAUCACGUCAUGGUCAUUGAUAUGGAAAUGGUGAAAGAAAUGAUUGAGCAGGUGAUUGAGGAUGCAAGGAAGGUGUUAAAGACAGAGGCAGACCAAAUGAGAGAUAGAUUAGAAGACAAAGACAGCAGCGCGGAAAUGGACACAAAAGAAGAUCUGGAAAUACACCGUAGAGUGCAAUCUACUAUGUGUUCUGACGAAGAAGACGCAAAGAAGAUUGGGAUCAGUUGGUCAGACGCGAUUCGCCAGCAGUCGUGGAAGAUCAACGGAGGACGUUUGUUUUCGGAAACAUCUGUUUUUGAUUCAGAAGAUUCGUCGUGGACAUUGGAAAUUAAAGAAAAGCUCGCAUGCCUACGCACUCAGGAUACAAUAUGUCAUCGGAAAUAUUUGGUGAAUGGCAAUAUCUUUUACGUUGACAUGGAAAAGAGAUUGGAUUCAUUAAGAAGAAAGACCAUACACGAGCCAAGAGGAAAAGGGAGAAUCCUACAAUAUCAACGAAGAUCUUACAUCGACGAGGACUUGAGCAACGAAGACUAUUUUUAGUUAUUAGCAAUAUUUUAUUCAAUUAUUUCAUUCAUCUAUUCUGUUUCAAUUUUAUUAUUUCUGGUGUAUAUUUGUUUCCAUUUUUAUUCAGAAAUGUCGCCGUGUAUUUCAUUCGGUCAAAUGUAAAAAUAUAAUUUAGAUAUGUUACCAUAAAAAUUCCCGAUACAGAAGCCCAUAUUGCGUUAUUUAGCAUAUUUCAAUAAUCUAUAACCAGAUAAAUAUACGACGUUAAGUACGUUGGUAAACUCAAAUUUAAGAAUUAAUGUUCGUACGAAAUUUAAUAAACUGCUGGUAGUUACUCAUAUAUUCUAUGUUUAUUUAUUCAUAUAAUUUUUAUGCGUUUAUUGACUGAGUGCAAUGCAUGCUACAUUUUUGAAUCGUUUUACAUUUGAACUCCGCAUAGAGUGCUUUACAAAUAAAAAAAGUUUUAAAACAUGUAUCGCCAAUUGGUAUUUUUUUUUAAUAAAACGUUCAAAUGAUUUUAAUCGCGUUCAAAUAUGUUGCGUGA